ACUCUAUAUUGUUUUGUCAGUGCCAAGGUCAGGGUUGUAGGCUUUCCAUCUCGGAAAUAAUCCAAGUAUUACCUUGUCAAAAUAUUCGUAAUAAAAUUUGAAAACUACCAAAAAAAUCUGUACAAGUCAUUUUUAACAAGUUACCGUACGUUUUAAGAAGUUGAAGCAAUGUUGUUAUCCAAAUUGUGUUGUUCAACGAACGUAAGAACUGUCGCCUUUCGUAAGCUUCCCCAAUAUGCCUUCAGGCGUACUUUUGCAGAAGAUGCUCGUCAAACUGUGCGUCGAGCUCGAACACGUACUCUUCGAGAGAAAAUUAUGGCCCCAGCUGGGGAUGGAGCAUUCAGUAUUGGAAAAGGAGCUGCUGCUGGUGGAGCGCUACUUGGUAUUGGAGCAUUAGGUUAUUAUGGGUUAGGGUUAUCAGAUGAAGCUGGUUCUUUGGAGAAAUCUGUAGUAUGGCCUCAAUAUGUGAAGGAGCGUAUUAAGGACACAUAUAUGUAUUUCGGAGGCUCUCUAGUUGUUACCGCUACCAGCGCUAUGGCAGCUUUUCGUUCCCCUGCCAUAAUGAAUAUUGUUACAAAGAAUGGAUUCUUGGGUUUAGCCAUCAGUUUAGGUGCUAUAAUGGGCACUGGAAUGAUAGCUCGAAGUAUUCCCUACAAAGAAGGUUUUGGUGCAAAACAAAUUGCUUGGUUAGCGCAUACUGCAACGAUGGGAGCCAUGGUUGCUCCACUUUGUUUUCUCGGAGGGCCAAUUUUAAUUAGAGCUGCGUGGUACACUGCAGGCAUUGUUGGAGGGCUUAGUACAAUUGCUGUAUGUGCCCCAAGUGAAAAGUUUUUGACAAUGGGAGGCCCAUUAGCAAUGGGUCUCGGCGUUGUCUUCGUUUCGUCGGUCGGCUCAAUGUUCUUACCCCCUACGACAGCGUUAGGAGCUGGGUUAUAUUCCAUUUCGUUAUAUGGUGGUCUUCUUCUCUUUUCGGCUUUCAUGCUGUAUGAUACGCAACGAAUUAUAGCACAAGCAGAAAGAUACCCUACCACUCCAGGAUUCUAUGGUGUAACUCCCUAUGAUCCAGUUAAUGCAGCCAUGUCUGUCUACCUGGACACACUGAAUAUAUUCAUUCGUUUAGCAACAAUUCUUGCCGGUGGAGGAAACAAAAGAAAAUAAAUGCUAAUCUUAACCAUGCUCAACUUUUUCAUGCAAAACGUUUAAAUAACUUCAUAGCUGUGAUUCAAAAGUACCGAUCAAAUAAAAUAUUACUGACAUAAGCAAUUAAUUUUAGGUAUAGGUGUAGUUUGUUUUAUUGGUUUAAGUUUGUAAUAAAAUUUGUUUUUCAUUUA